AUGCUUCACUCUCACCGUACUUCCUGUUCCGAAAUAGACAGUCCGUCAUCACAGCCCCAUCCAAAGCCCACCCACCACAUCCUAUUGCCCAUAAAAACGCAAUGCAGGCAGGCUGCGAAGGUUGGCCUUGAGAACAAGUUUCAUGAUCUGCGCCGUUAUUGCACGUUGCGUUUUCCUCCCUCUGUUGAUUUUCUGCCCCGCGAACUAGUGCAUGCAAGUAUCAGGGAGGCCAAAACUCCACGGUCGGGUGGAUCUCUAUUCAAGUCCACGAAAUUGCUACCAUGGGGAGACAACUUUCUUUAUCUCCCCACCUCCACUCAACUACAGCAUCGCUCCAACUUUGCGUCCUUGCACACUGAUCGAAGGUACUGCCGCAGAGAAGAGAAUACGGUCUCCAUUCCGCCCAGUGCAGAUCCCACAUGCCAGAAUGCCCAGAGCCCGUCGCCUUCGCAGCUUACAAGCCUGCCAAGAAUGGUGUGUAGACUUCGUUCCAAGGAGGCUGAUAACCACUCUGAUUUACUGAUAUGUGAUAUCUCUGGUCCAGUCGGACGCAUAAGAUUAGAUGCAGCGGGGAAAGACCUCGAUGUGACGUGUGUCUUCGAAAACGCCGGCCAUGCCACUGGUCAGAAGCCCCCGCGCCCGGUGGCUACAAGGUGUUGGUUUGGGAAGAACCCGGUUCGACAAGCCGGGUUCCAGACAAAUCCGAAGCGGCCAUCUCAGGGCCACUUGUCGACCAUCAGCACACAGUUGACGAGGCCUUGCAUACACUUCCCGCCCAGUUACACCACAGGUUGA